UGCUCAGUUGGUGGGUGUACAGGGGACAGGCAACCAGCAACUCACUUUAAGUGCACAGAGCUCGUGUUGGAGGCUUGCAGGCAUUGCCAGCGCUGAAACUGAAUCUUGGACUGUUCAAUUGCAGUACUGAAGAUUUUUUUUUUUAUUCUUUUGUUGUUUUCUUGCAUCGUUUGUGACUCUGAGCUUGCCUAACUCAGUGUACAAAGGCGGGGGAUGCCAGCGCGUAGCAUGGACUGUGAUGUUUCCACUCUGGUUGCCUGUGGGGUUGAUGUGGAGGUUUUUGCCAGCCAAGAGGUUAAGGAGAAAUUUGAAGGUUUGUUCCGUGCCUAUGAUGACUGCGUGACAUUCCAGCUGUUCAAAAGCUUCAGGCGUGUGCGGAUAAAUUUCAGCAGUCCCAAAUCAGCUGCUCGUGCCAGAAUAGAGCUGCAUGAAACACAGUUCAGAGGGAAGAAGUUAAAGUUGUAUUUUGCACAGAUUCAGACCUCUGAGACAGAUGGAGACAAGCUUCAUUUGGCACCACCACAGCCUGCAAAACAGUUUCUCAUCUCGCCUCCAGCCUCCCCACCUGUAGGGUGGCAACCAAUAGAUGAUGCAACACCUGUCAUCAACUACGACCUCCUUUAUGCAGUUUCUAAGCUUGGACCAGGAGAGAAAUACGAGCUGCACGCAGGAACAGAGUCCACUCCCAGUGUGGUAGUGCACGUUUGUGACAGCGACAUGGAAGAAGAUGAGGACCCAAAGAAUUCUCCAAAGCCAAAAAUCAUUCAAACUCGACGCCCUGGUGUGCCGCCGCCUGUAUCUAACUGAGCCUCUCCGGCAGAAGCAGCACUUCUCUCUCCUCCAGCACAGCUCUUGGUUUUUGUUUGCUUUGUUCUGUUGAAAGGCAGCCUUUGCCUUCUGAGCACCGGGACAUUAAGGUCAUUGAAACCCCUUCACAAUAAUCAAGCCUCUGUAACAAAAGGGCUAGGAAAAAGAUCUUUGUACCUGUAACCAUAUCACACACCAACUGAUAGAUCUAGCUGGAAAGGACAAAACAAGGCUGAGGAAACAAGGGUUGGUUUCAGUCUGAGGAUCUUUUCACAGCUGUAAUUUGCAUACUGAAACACCACUACCAGAGAUCGUUUGGGUGGGAAUUAGGCCAAUAUCAGUCUUGAUAUUCAAACUCCCAGGAUUGCUACUGCCCUUCAUCCAGCAGCCUGCUCCUCUGCCCUCCUCACUUCCCAACAGUCUUUUUCCCUUUUCCCUUUUUUUUUAAGGGGGGUAGGUGAGUUGUUUUUACUCUACUAGCAGCUUGGUGGCCUUUGCACCCCCCUGGAAUUUUCUGUAAGGAAUACCAUCUUUGCAACAUUUUCAGAAACAACAGAAAACAACCCUCUUCCAGCAAUAGCUGUAGAGAAUGGUGGUCUGAAGUGGUGGCAGGGAUGUGAGAUGGAGCUCUCUGGGCUGAGGGGAGAGGCAGCAGCUGCUGGGGGGUCUGGUCAGUUCUUCUCUCUGGAGAGAAGGGAGCCAGAAUAUCAGUAGGGAUUGUCAAUUCAUCUUCUACCAAGGGAUGAGUGGUGCUUCUCUUCGGGUCUGAGGGAGAGGACGUGACUGACUGCUCAUGUAAGAUGGGAUUCCUUACUCUCUGUCAUAGCUGAAUGUUCCAGUAACAUUACAGGCUGAAUGCUUUCCUAGUGGUGUGGUGAAUAGCCCUGAAAUUGUCAGUAAUUACUUGCACAUCUCUAAUAUUCAGCCCUUUUCUCUUCCCAUGUCCUGUGCUUCAAAACCCUUUUUGAGCUGUAUGCAGUUUGGGUUUGUGGAGGUGAGCAGAGGUUAGUUGAUUUUUUUUUUCUUUUUUAGGCCAAAGAAAACAGGACCAUAAUUACACACUUGAAAUUAGACUGCAUGCAACUGAAUCCCCUUUUUUCACCCCAUCCUGCAUGUUUCUUUCACUUGCAAUAUAUACUGGGUUACAAAAACUGUUCUGUGUUUGCAUCAUGGCUGACAGCAGACAGGUCCCUGAUUCCCUGUCUGGCAGACCUUCCAUGAUGAUUUAUUUUUUUAAGGCAUACUUGUCAUUUGGAGAACAUAUUUUUAGACAUUUGAGCUCAGAUUUUGCAUAUAUUUAAGCAUGCGCUUAAUUUAUGCACAUGAGUAGUUCCACUGAAAUUAAUACUGCAGAAACUGAGUGUAUGUGUAAGGUAUGGUGGGAUUUUUAAGCUAAUUAGCUGCAGCUGUACUCCCCAAAGUGACUAUAAAAUGGCACAGCGAGCCUCCAUGGUUUAAAAUCCUUUACAGCUUAAAAUAAGUAAGUACAUCUUGGAAGCUUAUUCUAGGAUCUGAAAAGUCAGCUUAGGUUUUGUAAUCAAGAUUUUUGUCAUAAAACCUAAAGAUCUGGUUUCUGAGGGAGAGUUCCAUCACACUCUUAAUUAGCAGCAAUGCUACAAAGCUUCAGCAGAGUCAGGUCCCCUUUGCAGGGUCUUGGCUUGGCAGCACUUCCAGGACAACAGGCGUGUUGCUCUGUCAGUGAGGACAGGAGAUGGCAUUCCCAGCCUGCAAGGUGAGGACAUCUGGGAAUGAGGACUUGUCAUUCUCACAUAGUUCAGCCUCUGACCACCACAGCCCCUCCUGGUAUUUCUGAUGAGAUGCAGUUCUUUAUUUCCAUAAUGUGAUAAUUGUUACUUCCUUAUGGGCAUUGUGGUGUGCUGUUACAGUGAUGGAAUACUGCCCAUUAAAUACAGCAGAGACUGAACAGAAAAUGAGGCUUUAGUAUCUUCUUGAUAUAAGUGUGAAGUUUUCUUAAAGUAACUCCUUAGAGGUGCCACGUCAAUUAUUUUCCCAGUGAUCCAUUUUAAAUUGAUUUAAGGAAACAAAUUGUUAGUCACAGCCUAGGAAUGUAUCCUGUUGAAAACACCAUUUUAGGCCACAAAGGAUAUUCCAGCAGUAACACCACUGGCUUUUUGAGAA